UUGGCCAGCGCUGGCUGCACCCGCAGUGGCGAGAGCGGCGGCGGCCGGCAUGGGCGAUGGGGGCGCGGAGCGCGACCGGGGCCCCGUACGCCGGGAGUCUCGCGGAGGGCGCGGCGCGGACCGCCGCGCGGCGGAAGAGUCCAGUGCCGACGCCGGCGGCCACAGCCCGGGGGAGAUCGCCAGGACCUCUGCCUCUAGCCCCGCGGGCUCCAGGGAGAGCGGCGCGGACAGCGACGGGCAGCCCGGGCUCGGAGAGGCUGAUCACUGCCGCCGCAUCCUGGUGCGAGAUGCCAAAGGGACCAUCCGGGAAAUUGUCCUUCCCAAGGGCCUGGACCUGGACCGGCCCAAGCGGACCCGCACCUCCUUCACGGCCGAGCAGCUGUACCGCCUGGAGCUGGAGUUCCAGCGCUGCCAGUACGUGGUGGGCCGGGAGCGCACUGAGCUGGCUCGCCAGCUGAACCUGUCGGAGACCCAGGUGAAGGUCUGGUUCCAGAACCGCCGCACCAAACAGAAGAAAGACCAGAGCAGAGACCUGGAGAAGCGGGCGUCCUCUUCCGCGUCGGAAGCCUUCGCCACUUCCAACGUCCUGCGGCUGCUGGAGCAGGGCCGGCUGCUGUCCGUGCCCAGGGCCCCCAGCCUUCUGGCACUGACACCUGGCCUGUCGGGCCUGCCUGCCGGCCACAGGGGCGCCUCCUUGGGUGACCCCAGGAACUCCUCCCCGCGCGUCGCCCCGCUGACCUCGGCGUCCGCGUCCCCUCCGCUGCCGCCCCCUCCAGGGCUCCGCUUCUCCACUGGGCCCCUCCCGGACCUGCCCUCGGGCUAUGAACUGGGCUCCUCCGCCUUCGAGCCCUACAGCCGGAGCUACAGCAGGCUAGAACGGAGAGUGGGCAGCCCAGGUGGCGCCAAGAAAGCAAACGCUUAAGCCUGCACCCCCAUGUGACACUUUGUCCCCGAGCACAGCACCCCCCCCCCCCAACCAGACCUAGUGGAGGUGGGCGGCCACAGGCCCUGACCCACCUGCCCCCCAGCUCAGAGACUUUCUGGACCAGGACCAGACGGCCUUGGUCCCCAAGUUUGUGUGUGACAGCGUGGUGUGUGUGUGUGUGUGUGUGUGUGUGUGU